AUUAAAAAUGUCUCCCACGGCUCCUCCUUUCCUCGCUCCGGUCACGCUGUCGUCUGUCGCCGGCUCCCGAGCCCUGACAUCAAAGCCUGUAAAAAUGAAGAUCUGGGCGUCAGAGCACAUUUUCAACCACCCAUGGGAGACGGUGACCAAGGCAGCAAUGCAGAAGUACCCCAACCCCAUGAACACCAGUGUGUUUGGUGUGGAUGUCCUGGACAGAAGUGUGGACACAGAGGGACGGUUACACAGCACCAGACUGCUCAGCACUGAGUGGGGGCUUCCUGCUAUGGCCAAGUCUAUCAUUGGGGUAACAAGAACAUGCACUUACGUCCAGGAGCACUCAGUAGUGGACCCCCAACAGAAGACCUUUGAGCUCAAAUCUACAAACAUCUCCUUCACUAACCUAGUUUCUGUUGAUGAGAAGUUGACAUAUAAGCCACAUCCACAGGACCCAGAGAAGACGGUGCUGACACAAGAGGCUCUGAUCAGUGUGAAAGGUGUCAGUCUGAGCAGCUACCUGGAGGGUCUCAUGGCUAAGACCAUAUCAGUCAACGCCGGCAAGGGUCGGGAGGCCAUGGAGUGGGUCAUCAGGCGGUUAAACACAGAAAUCGAGGAGCUGGCAGCGACUGCUCGUGGGACCAUGCGCGUCCCCAUGGCAGCAGCUGUUGCAGACAAAUGAUGGCGGCCUUCCAUCGCUGCUUACUCCAUCAUCAUGAACCGAUGGACUUCUCGAACAUUUUCCCCUCAAAGGGGACCUCGCACCUCAUCUGCCAACACAGCCUAAUGACCACAGCCCCAUCCUUUGGCCCUACGUAUGUCUGUUGUGUGUGUUUGUCACAAGAACACUGUUCGUCGCUCCUCAGCAGUCUGCACCGACGGGUUUUCGUCUCAUCGGUGCGGGCGGUGACGUGGAGUGUUGAGCUGAUGACAGUUUAAAAUACAAACAGGGUUGAAUUUGACAGCACUUGAAGCUCAUAGGACUUUGUCUUGUGACGUGAAAGCUCUUUUUUAAAAUUCACACUGUGCCUCCACAUCAUCACAUCCACUUCAUCUUUACUUUCCUUUCUCUCUUUGUCUUUAACAUUUCAUCACUGCCUCCAGAGCUUCGUAAAUGGGUUGAGAACAGCCGAAAUGGAGUCACUGUUACGUAAAUUUCCGGAUUGUCUUACUUUGUACAGCGGAACUGACCAAAAUAUCUCAAAACCAAAAGCUGGCAGUGCAGACAGGCUGUAAGAGAAUCAGCUGUCCAUGACGGGGCUGUUUGUUUGUUUUUAUCUUAUCUCCACUGUUAUGUAAAGUCAGAUCUUGUGCAAACCUGUUUCUUGGACCUAUUUAUUUUAAAGUAUCUAAUAUUUAUAUUACGAGGAAAAGCACUGAAGCAGGCAAACUUUCCAGGAAACCGAAGUUUUACUCUGUUGUCUGAACAGUUUGUAAAGACUGGUGCGGCUCAGAGAAAGCAGAGCUCUUGUCCGACAUCUGAGUGUGCUGGUUGAGUGACCAGACAGAAAUGCUGGUUUUACAGUGUACUCGCAUGGUGCUGGAACACAACAGGUCCAAGUGUGACAGUUUUCUAAUCAUGAAUACUUGCGAGGGUCCACAGCAGUCCACGCCACAGGCCUGGGUGUUGCUGAUAAAGUCCAGUGAAGUCUCAACUCAUUUAAACCAAGCGGGGGGAGGGUGCUUUUGCCUUUAACCCUGAUUUGAUCUCUUACAGUCUUUCUGGUAAAAAGACGACUUGAUUUCUUGCUGUCUCUCUUUAUCUUUUCUCUCCCACUGAUGAUGUGCCGUGUGUAGUUCAGUGUUACAGUAUAAGAACGUGCAUACUUGAAUGUUUAACUUAUUAUCAGCAUGUGUACUUGGAGACAGAACGUCCUUUAAAAGACGUGUUGUUUUUCACCACGGUGUUGUAGGAGGAGCCCUGCAGGGUUGCGUUCAGGGUCACUGACAGUGCCUAUAAUAGAUGUACAGAUGGAACCAAUCUAAUACCCUUGAACACUUCAACUUUGUGACCAUGAACAAACCCACUCUGUGUAUCUUGCAGUCUGUAGAUGGUGUUAUUUAUAAGUAGCUGUUACACUGAUUUUAGAAGCUGUUAGCUUGGAGUGUUGUGCAAGUAGCAGCACCGUUUUUAUACUACUGGCUUAUUCCAUAGAGACUCUCAGGUGCUGCAUAGUUGACUUUGCCUCAGUGUCCCUUUUGUUUUCUCAAACACUUCAUUAAUUCAGUUUUCAGUGGAACAUGUACAGUGCUACAGUUUACAUUGCAGGGCUUCGUGCUACAACUCAAAUUAUCUUACAGUGUUAGAGCAACCUUUCAUCGAGCUCAGCAGCAUCAUGAGUCUUCCAAGUACAUCUGUUUGUCUUUUCCCACACCUGCCUCCAUUUGAACGGAUCUUCUCAGAAAUCUUGUUCACAAACCGUCUGUCUGUCCGUCUCACGUGUCGUCCAGCUCAGCCUGGUUUAGCCGAUCAGCCCGUCGGUGUCCACACAGUGUCUCAUUUUUACAAAUGAAGUGUGACUUGUGGUUUUUCUAUGGGGAACAUUUUAAGAACCGUGGCUGUAAAUAGGCUUAUAUUUAUAUUUUGGUGGUGUUACAUUCCAAGAAUGUGAACAUGUAACAGAAUCUAACGAGUGCACACAGAAGUGUUUCAAAAAUAAAGAGAUGUCAUUGUUUCAUGAA